GUUUAGUCGCCUUGGCAUCGAGUCGUAGAGCGCCGCCACUAUAGCUUCGGACGUCUGCGCAGCGCUUCCCGCUAUCUAACUUAUUGCGCGGACGUGAAAGAGCGCGCGUCACCGUAGCCGCCGUUGCGGCUACUUUCGUUAUCCUGCCUAAAAUCGAGCAGCGGUGGAGGCCGGCGACACGCACUAAUAUGAAACACAAGGUGAACAUAAGCAAAACAACAAUCACAACGGGUCUUCGUUCCUUCUAAGUGCCGCGCUUCUAUGCGCUGCGGCCGCCCGCCACUGCACGACAGCGCCAUGUGCUGGACUACCGGCGACGCACGGUCCCCUUCGUUGCGACCGUCAGCAGCAGAGCAACCGAACGGUGCACUCGAAAUUUAUCAAGCAUGACGAAGCCCCGCGUGAGAGUGAGGGCGAAGUCUGGCGUCACUCGGGGCACUCUCUUCGUCAGCGCGCGCAGCGCGAUAGCAGCGCCCCGGUGUGGCCCCGCAGCCGCUCCGGCCACUUGAGCCGUGGUCCGUUUACUUUUUUGGCCGAUAGUACUUCCGCUGCGUCUGCUUCUUCCCACGGUCGUGCGGUCCCGUGCGCAGGCUUUUCAGGAAAUCCCCCUAGGACAAUGGCGUACCUCAAGGUCGUGCAAGGCGUCGCGGUGCCCCGCUUUUUUCCAGAUGACGCUGUUGUUUCGGCACUGUCGUACAAGGGACGCGCUGGUGAAGUUUACGUCACCACGUACCCCAAGUGCGGGACAACUUGGGUCCAGUACAUAGCAUACGGCAUAUUUCACGAUGGCCGACCACCGACAGAUUUGGUGCAAUUCUUCAGGGACUCUCCGUUUCUGGAGCUCUUCGGCGUUGAUGCCCUGGGAGCUAUGCAUGGAUCGGGGGCCAUCAAGACUCACUUGCCCAUCGCCGAUAGACGAGUUUCUUCCGAAGCUAAAUAUAUCUACGUUGCCCGGAACCCCUACGAUGUCUGUGUCUCGUCCUACCACCAAACGAGGACACACACGAUCAACGAAGAUGAUGUCGGCGACUUCGGCGAGUAUCUUAGACGCUUCAUCACCGGAGCUGUUAGCUACGGAGAUUACCUGGAAGGCAGCCUCCUCCCGUGGUAUUCGCGAAGGAACGAGAAUAAUGUUCUCUUUUUGACCUACGAAGACCUAUGUGCUCAAACUGUGUUGCAAGUCAAGCGCAUUGCCGAAUUCAUAGGAAAAGAAUACGGUCGACGCAUACAGAGGGACUCUGCAAUGUUGCAACGCGUGCUGGCCAUGUCUUCGAGAGAGCAGAUGCGUCCAAUCUUUAGGGAUUACAUGAGACAGGAAGUCCAGUUUCUGGUGCAACAAAGGACUAACAGAAACGUUCCUAUCUCACCAGAGUUGCAGAAUGUUCUGAAGUUUUUAAAUGACCGUCCCCCAAGGCACGAGUUUGUUCGCAGCGCGGCCGUAGGCGAGUACGAAAGCUUCCUCGCUGAAGCAGACAAGGUGGCGCUGAGAAACUGGAUUUCCUCAAAAACGCUCGGUAGUGACGUCAUCAGCCUGUGGCCAGGCAUUUGCCUUCCGUAAGUACACUGCGCAAGUAUUCAGUGAAUUUGCACGAAAUAAACUAAUAUCCUUGCGCGAACUGUUCAACCACCGCCUUAGUCGCACUGGCUAGGCCUUUGCAUUUCACAACAUUUCGCUUGCCGUCAGUACCUGUUACAACUGCAGUGUUAGAUAGCAGCGUCUGACGAUAAUACAAGAGAGCCCUGGCAACUUCCACCAGUACUCCCUAAAGUGCUGUGGAAAAAAGCCGCCUCUUCCUGUCCACGAAAAAAUGUUUCUCCCUUUGGAGAAAGUCAUUUGUGUUUUUCCAGUGAACGAUCUGCCGCGUUUGUGCGAAGCGUUGUAGGCCUCUCUUACUUCGUAAUAAAAGGUAGUCCACCUUGCUGACGUGAUCUGUA